AGGGCCGGAUUCUGCGGAGCACACCAUGAAGUUAAAUUUAGUUGCAGCUCUGUCUUGUUGGACACUGUUGGUUGUCUUUGGGUCUCCAGUUUGCUGUCAGCAGCCUGUGAACUGCAGAUGGGGCCCUUUUGGAGACUGGUCUGAGUGUGACGGCUGCUCCAGUACAAAGGUGCAGACUCGCCACGUGGAGGUGUAUGCCCAGUUUGGGGGUCAGCCGUGUUCAGGAGAAGCCACACAAACGCAACCAUGUGUCCCACAGAAAGGAUGUCCUCUGGCAACAAGCUGUGGAGACAGGUUCCGCUGUUCCUCCGGUCAGUGUAUCAGCCGGUCUCUGGUGUGUAACGGAGACCACGACUGCGAGGAUGGCCUGGAUGAGAGAAGCUGUGAUCAAGACAGCAGCCAGUACUCGUGUGACAUCGACAAAGCGCCUCCCAACUCCGACUUGACAGGCAGAGGGUACAACGUGUUGACCGGCAAACUGAGAGGAGGCGUGAUCAACACUCUGAGCUUUGGAGGGCAGUGCCGGAAGGUGUUCAGUGGUGACCAUAAAGUCUAUUACAGACUGCCGCACAAUAUCCUCAGGUACAACUUUGAGGUGAAAGUAGACAAUGAAGAGAGCGAUGAAUCCUACGAGAGCUCCUGGUCCUACAUGCAGCACAUCCAGUCCAACGCCUUGGUGGGACAUGACCGUCGCUCUUUCCACAAAGAGCUCACUGAAAAUAAGGCCUACAGACUGAUAAUCCUGAAGAAUAAAGUGGAGCUGGCCCAGUUCCAAAACUCUGCCCCUCAGUAUCUGACUCUGGCUGAAGGUUACUGGAAGGCCUUGUCCUCGCUGCCGUACACGUACGACUACUCUGCCUACCGCCGGCUCUUUGAGACAUAUGGCACACACUACCUCUCCGAGGGCUCACUCGGAGGCGAAUACCAAGGCUUGUUGGAGUUAGACCGUCAGGCGCUCCAAUCGACCAGUACAACACAUAUUGACUAUCAGAGGUGCUGGAGAAAGGUGAAACGCCGUCUCUUUAGGAAGAAAGUUACGACCACCUGUGAAAAACUAACAAAAUCUUUAUCCUCCAGCCACGUACACAACGUGAACAAGAUGCCCAUCAAGGUCAAUGUGUUUGGAGGAGACGUGUCCUUUAUAGGCGCUCUGUCUCUCCUGGAUCUGGAAAACCCAGAGGCUAACGGAGAGGUCUACGACAACUGGGCCUCGUCUGUCAAAGACUUCCCUGAAGUCACAGACCAGAAGCUGCGUCCUCUGUAUGAGCUGGUGAAGGAAGUGCAGUGUGCAGGUUUGAAGAAGCUCCACCUGAAAAGGGCCACCGAGGAGUACCUGGCCGAGGAGCAUCCCUGUCACUGCCGGCCCUGCCAGAACAACGGCCAGCCGCUGCUGACGGGCUCCGAGUGCCGCUGCGUCUGCCGGCCGGGAACUACUGGACAAGCCUGCGAGAGGGGGGCUGUGAUCGGAGAACAAGCAGGGGUGAUCCAUGGCAGCUGGAGCUGCUGGUCCUCCUGGGGAUCCUGCUCUGGCAGUCAAAGGUCCAGGACCCGAAGUUGUACCAACCCCGCCCCCAGCAGAGGGGGCCAACACUGCUCCGGACCGCAGGAGGAGCAGAAGCCUUGUGAGGACGCAGAAAUUCAGUACUUACAGAUGAUGGAGCCUCAGUGCUUCGGUCUCUCUGUGACUCCACCAAAGACAUGCGGAGCGCCCCCAAACCUCCGGAACGGAUUUAUUGAGAAUCCCAGAGACUUUUACCUGGUUGGAAACAGGGUGAGGUACUCCUGCAUAAAUAGUCAUUACCUCAGGGGAGACGCUGUGGCUGAAUGCACUGAAAACCAGAAAUGGAGGACAGGAGCGAUGGUUUGUAAAAGCAACACAUGUGGGAUUCCUGUACUCAACAGUGACGUUAUAGCCACGCCCACCAAAGAAGCCUAUCAGAUUGGAGACAUAUUGUCCCUGUCCUGUCCUGCGGGGUCAGUGCUGGACGCUGAGGUGUCAGAGACCAUAUGCAGUCCCAGCCUGCAGUGGUCUCCAUCACCAGUCAGCGCUCACUGUAAAGCCGCACCCUCAGUUGCCUCUCCUCCAUCCGGCCUGAAGUGUAAGCUGUGGGAGAACGUGGGGAAAACUCAGUGUGUGUGUAAAACGCCAUCUCAGUGCUCGACUUCUCUGCAGUUGUGUGCCAAACUUGGCUCAAGCAAAGCCCGUUUGCUUAGUGUGUGUCAGCUGGGAGCUCUGCGGUGUAUGGGCCGGAGCUUUGCGUUGGUUAGUGACGGCGACUGUGCCUGGCCAGAGGAGACGGUCACGUCCUGCGUGGACUGCAAACCAGGGACAAUCUGUCGGGAAUCUCAAUGUGAAUGUCAGAACGUGUCAGAAUGCCCUAAAGACUCCGCCCCACUCUGCGUCAGAUCUGGUGCUGGCAGCGUUGCCACGACGAUGACCGAAUGUGAGGUGGGGGCCAUGCGGUGUGCUGGGGAGCAGGUCAACGUUUCCAGUAUCGAGGCUUGUCCAGAAUAAAGAUGGCUGCUGUUUUAUUUUAGUCAGCACACUCACACAAAGGAGGGAGAAUCAAAUCUUUGCCCCAACACUUGAAUGAAGUAAAUAUUUUCCUCCGUUAGGGCUGGCCGAUAAGAUGAAAUAUAUUGUCAAAAUGAUACAACAAAUGUCUACCGUAUAUAUUUUUCGGUAUCCUUUCUACAGCAAUGUCAAAAAAACAGCAGCCGAACUGCGUUCCAGCAACAUAUACGUCAUUUGGAUGCCGCUUUACGGUCUGAUCCUUGAACGUUAUGUUCUUUUUGCACUAAAGUAUUUCAUGAAAAGACAAAAUACUCCGUAUUUUUCAUUUGUAAGUAUUUAAUACACACAGGAGUACACAAAAAAAGGCUUUACCUUGUGAUUAUUUCAACUAGACAAUUUAUUUAUUGAAUUACAACAUGCUAUAUUGUGAUAUAUAUUGUUAUCGACUUAUAUAUCGGGUUAGAAGAUUUUGGCUAUAUCGCCCAGCCCUAUCCUCUGCCAUCCUAUGGUGUCUUUUUUAUAUUUGUCAUGGAGUUACUGAUGAUGGAAAAUAUUUGCAUGUAAACAAAUGCUAAAUAAAUGCCUUUGAUUGUUUUUGUUAUAGGAAGUUAAUAAAACACUUUUGUUCUCUUGGUUUUGUUAAAAUAUAACAAUUUGAAGACUUAUGAACCAGACAAUUUCACAAAUCACUUACAAAUUCAAAAUGUGCAGAUUUCCAAAUACCUUACUUUGAUUCCGUGGCCUCAUACCUUGGAAUUUCCUUCUUUAUGCAUGUUUUCCAUAGUUUAUGAAAUCAUGUGUCAUUUUAAUAAACCAUAGUGCAGAAUUCCAUUACAUUUUAGUGCACGGAAUACGCUCUUAUCUUGAAAAUCCUUGGGGCAUGGUUGUUCUGUCAUUGGUACAUUGAGUUGUAAAAAAAUGUUUUCAAAAAAUUAAGUGAACAUAAAUCUGACCGUACCCCAAGUUGUUUCAAACAGAGUCCAACUUUUUAGUUUGGUUGGAGUUUUAAAAAAAACAGCACAUUACUUAAACAACCUUAGUUUAGUCUGGGUCUCGAGUAUCUAGAUAUCUCCUGGUCACAUUCCUAAGCAUGUAUGGUUAGAAAAAUAUUCUGAGGUGGCAAAUAGUACAUGCAAAUUGAAUGUUUAGCAAAAGGGGCACUGACAAUCUCCGUAAGAAAUAAAAACAACAGACAAUGUUAAGAAUUUAUGAUUCUAUUGAUAAAUGUGAAGCAUGUGUUAAUAUUCCACUCUGUGCAUGUAAUUAAACCUAACUGUAUUGCUGUAUCACUGAGUGAUCAGAGCUGUUCUGGGGAAAACAAUUUUCCAAACAUUGUUGGCCCUCUUUGGUAAUGUUGUCUGUGACCUCUGAGAAGUGAUACAACUUUCAUUUCCAUGUUUUUUAUCUUUCUUUACACAUCAACAGUCUA